UUUUGACAUUUGCUAAACCACCUGCCAAUUUCCAUCAUCGAAUUCUAACCAAGUUUUACUGUAAUUUAAUUUUAUUAGUGAAAAUCUGCUACAUAUUCAAUAAACCAUGGAUGACGAUAUGAUCUUUGAUCCUUCUUUAAAGAAGAAAAAGAAAAAGAAGACUGGUUUCGAUAUGGAUGCCGCUCUAGCGGGUGAGCAAGGUGAGACUACUAACGUAGAAGCGCCUGUCGAGUCCGGUGACGUAGACUUGCCCGAGGACGACAGCAUCGACUUAGACAACUUCGGCAAAAAGAAGAAAAAGAAAAAGAAGACCUUCUUUAACUUAGAUGAAUUAGAAAGUGCUUUGCCCGAGACAAAAGAUGACAAGCCGAUCGCUGAGGAGCCGGAGGCCCAAGAAGAGGAGCCAAUUGACGAUUUAGACUUAGACAUAGACUUCUCAAAGACAAAGAAGAAGAAAAAGAAGAAAUUCGAUGAGCUAGUAAUAGAUGAUGACGCGAAAGGCGAAGAUCAGGAGAGAGAAGAAGAUGUGCACGGAGAUUGGGUAGGAAGUGACCGAGAUUACACAUAUGAUGAGCUACUGGAGCGAGUAUUCGACAUCAUGCGUGAAAAGAACCCGAGCAUGGUGUCCGGCAAAAAGCAAAAGUUCAUCAUGAGACCCCCACAAGUAGUUAGAAUCGGUACAAAGAAAACAUCAUUUGCAAAUUUCACAGAAAUAUGCAAAACGCUCCACCGACAACCCAAACAUUUACUCGACUUCUUACUAGCGGAGUUGGGUACAAGUGGGUCAGUUGACGGUAACAGUCAACUAAUCAUUAAGGGUCGGUUCCAGCAGAAACAAAUAGAGAAUGUCUUGCGUCGGUAUAUCAAAGAGUAUGUUACAUGUCAUACAUGUCGCUCGCCCGACACAAUUUUACAGAAAGAUACACGUUUAUUCUUCUUGCAAUGUGAAACCUGUGGCUCUCGGUGCUCUGUGGCCAGUAUUAAGUCUGGUUUCCAAGCUGUGACCGGGAAACGUGCUGCGAUGCGUGCAAAGACUGCAUAGAAAAAUAGUGCUUAGUGAUAUUCAAUUUUACAAGAUCUGGGGUGUAUGCAGCAAUUUUUAUGUCAAACACAAUAUGCAGGACAUAAUAAAACUUGUGUAUUUUUAA